CCCACUGAUAAGAAGUUAGGGUUUUCCCAAGGUCUUAUAAUCUCCUCACACUUCCCCUUAUUCGUCUUCUUCACCCAUCACUUGCGCCGUCUCUCUCCUCUGCUUCCUUCUCAGGUAUUUGCAUUGUUGUGUUAUCACCUAAAAACUAAGCAAAGAUGCAAAACGACGAGGGAGAGAUCAUUGAUCUUUACAUUCCCAGGAAAUGUUCGGCCACUAACAGGUUGAUCUAUUCCAAGGACCAUGCUUCAGUCCAAAUCAACGUUGGUCACUUAGAUGACAGGGGUAUUUACACUGGCAGCGCCACCACCUUUGCUCUUUCUGGUUUUGUCCGUGCUCAGGGUGAUGCCGACAGUGCCCUUGAUCGCCUUUGGCAGAAGAAGAAGGCUCAAAGUGGCCAGUAAGGAGUUCACAUAAUUGCAGUUAGUGUUCCUGGGUAGUAUCAACCAGGAAGGAUGUGGAAGUUCGAGUGCUGAUGUUAUGAAUCAAAAAAAGAUUUAAGAACUUAAUUUUGUAUUUUUACUCUUUUGGAGUUUUAGAGUAUUUUUAGUUGAAUUGAAUGUUAGUUCUUUGGCUAUAAUAUGGAUUUGAUGGUAUAUCAUCAGCUAAUAUGAUUAAUUUUGCAGUCUUCCCUCUA